GCCUGCUCCGGAGCAGCAGCAGCAGCAGAGGCAGUAGACGGAGAUGGCUGCGCCCACGGAGCGGUGCCGCGGCGGAGGGUUUUGUGGCUCUCCGCGGACCGUGAAGCCUUGGUGGCGGCUGGCGGUGCUCUUCUUCUCCGUGUCGUCGCUGCCGGCGGUCACCGCGCUGGUGGAGGGCCUCUACUGCGGCACGGAGGUCUGCUACGAUGUGCUCGGCGUCACCAGGGAGGCCCCCAAGCUGGAGAUCGCCCGGGCUUACCGGCAGCUGGCCCGCCGGUACCACCCGGACUCAAUCAAGAAGGGAGGGCCCGGUUCGGAGGGAGAGACCCAGGAGUCCGCACACAAGAAGUUCCUGCAGAUCGCGACCGCGUACGAGACGUUAAAGGAUGAGGAAACUCGGCGGGACUACGACUACAUGCUGGACCACCCUGAGGAGUACUACCAGCACUAUUACACCUACUACCGCCGACAGCUCACUCCCAAAGUGGACGUCAGGAUCGUCAUCCUGGUCACCAUCUGUGCCAUCUCCAUAUUUCAGUACUACAGCUGGCACAGCAGCUACAACGAGGCCAUCAACUACCUGGUAACGGUCCCCAAGUACCGCAUCCAGGCCACGGAGAUCGCCAAGCAGCAGGGCCUCCUCAACCGCACAAAGGAGAAGGGCAAGAAUCGCCGCUCCAAGGAGGAGAUCCGGGAGCAGGAGGAGGAGGUGAUCCGUGACAUCAUCAAGACCAAGAUCGACAUCAAAGGAGGCUACCAGAAGCCCAACCUGUCGGACAUCCUGCUGUGCCAGAUUGUGCUCUUCCCCUACUACCUGACCAACUAUGUGACCUGGUACGCCUCCUGGAUUUAUCGCUUCACCAUCUGCAGGGAGGAGUACGGAGAGGAGGAGAAGUUCUACAUGAUCAGGAGGAACAUGAAGAUGUCUCAGUCUCAGUUUGACAGUCUGGAGGAAAACACCAGACAAUCAUUCCUGGACAAACAGCUCUGGAUCAAAGAAAACUUUGAGGUGCACAGAAAAGAGCAGGAGGAGGAGAUGAAGGUGAAGAUGGCGACAGACCCGAGGAUGAAGAGAUACCGCCGCUGGAUGAAGAACGAGGGGCCGGGCCGGCUGACGUUCAUCGACGACUGAACGGCCCCCGCGCUCCGUCUGUGACAUACACACCUGCUGCCUCAGUGCCAACACACACGGACAACACACACACACUGCUGUGUGAAGAUGUAAACCUGUACAGAAAGAUUAACUAUGCCUGUUUAUAUAGUGAGAGAUAUUUUCAUAGGGAUCAGGCCUCAUCAAUGGGAUGACUAAGUGGAAUAAACUGUGAGCUGGGGAUUCAGAUUUUUGAGUCUUUUUUUUUUUUUUUUUUUACAUCUUGCUAUUUUUUUUUUUUUUCAAAACCAAAACAAAUUUCAAUGAUUAAUUAUAUUUUUCUGUACUUUUCUCCAGCUGUUGUGUGUUCUCUCUCCUGCUGGUAAAAGCAGAUGGAUGAAUGGAUUUUGAUGAAAGGAUUUUGUUAACGCCAAGUAACUUGAAGGCUACCAGUCAAAGUGUCCUUGGGCAAAGCAGCCAAAAGUCUAAAUUGUAGAAUUAUUGAAGAUUAUUAACACUUAUUGAGUCUCCGAUGAAUAAACCAGAUAGGGUUUUUUGUUUUGUGACAUUUUUUUAACUUUUUUUUUACCCGGUUAGGUGAGAAGAAUUUAAAUGUAAUUCCUUGUGUA